AUGUCCGGAAACGAAAACAUGCCCGUGCAGCCGCGACCUACCCCCGGAAGAGAGCAACUCAAGCGUGUCAGACCUGUCGCAUUAAGCGGACGAAGUGCGAUAAUACCCGGCCAUCGUGUGCAUCCUGCAUUCGACCCCGCAAGCCUGGCUAUCCUGAAAAGAAUCGAUGAUCUGGAGACACUAAUCCACACCAAGGUAAACGAUCCAACUUCGGUGGUUCUGCCUAAUGCUCUCUGCUCCACGUCGGCGUCUAGCAGUCCCCAUGGUGUUUGGGCAUCUGGGCUGGAGCAGCUGACACAAUGGGAACCAUCUUUCAUCAACAUUGAGGAGGUUCUGAAAUGGCCUGUCUUUGAAGACCAUAAUUUUGACCCGCGACUCUAUCAACUAUCUCCAUCCGAUGAGAAAACAAUACAACCAGACCUAAAGAUUGCCGUCGACCUUGAUCUUCGUGUCGCCGACCAUCUCGUGCGGAGCUUUUUCGAUAAUGUGCACAUUUUCAACCCCACGCUAAAAGAAGAAGACAUCAACGAAUACGUCAGGUCUGUGCAAUUAAAUGGUAUUGGGUGGGAUGCGAUGUCUUGUUUGUUGCUUCUCAUAUACGCCAAUGGUUCAAUCGCAACAUCAUUUGUGAAGAAUGGGCAAGGCGUAGAUUCCAAUCUCUUUCGCCAGUCAAAAGAAUUUCUCCAAGGCGAAGCAUAUUUUCUCGCCGCCCAGAAGCGAAUGGGCAUUUUGCUCUGCAGUGGCGGCGUAAUAGAAGUGCAAUGCUUCUUCUUAGCAGGUGUAUAUCUAAUGACAACGUUGCGGUCAGUAGAGGCGUGGAGGAUGUUUGUGCAAGCACUUGCAUGCUGCGAGGGCUUCUCCAUUCUCCGCACAAAUGAUUGCCAUGAAGAUGCAUGGGAGACAAAGCAGAGAAUAUACUGGACCUGUCUGAAGUCUGAGCUUGAGCUACGACUAGAAUUGAAUCUUUACCAAAAGAACUUUCUCGGUCUAAAAUACCCCACCUUCUUUCCAUCGCCUCCAGAAGACCUUAAGUCCCGGGAUGAAGCGGCAUGGUAUUUCUAUCUCGCCGAGAUCGCUUUGCGAAGAUUGGAGAACCGCAUUCUGAGCUAUCUUUACCAACCCUACGAUGUUAUCUCAAAACCUAAUUUAGAAUCUGUGAUCCUUGAUUUCGAGGAGCAAGCAGACGGUUGGUAA